ACUCUCGCGAUAGUUGCGUUGCUGUCUGUGGCGGCCGAGGCCUUCAGUUCAGUUCAGCUCGGCUCGGCUCUGCGGCGGCUGCGUCUCGGAUUUGAAUGAAAAACGGCUCUGAAGCGGCUGCGGAGUCAUGGCUUCGGCGCUGGAGCAGUUCGUGAAUAAUGUGCGGCAGCUGUCUGCUCAAGGUCAGAUGACUCAGCUGUGCGAGCUGAUCAACAAGAGCGGAGAGCUGCUGGCCAAGAACCUCUCCCACCUGGACACCGUCCUGGGGGCCCUGGACAUCCAGGAGCACUCCCUCGGCGUGCUGGCUGUGCUAUUCGUCAAGUUUUCCAUGCCAAACAUCCCUGACUUUGAGACGCUGUUUUCCCAAGUCCAGCUCUUCAUCAGCACCUGCAACGGAGAGCACAUUCGAUACGCAACAGACACUUUUGCUGGCCUCUGCCACCAGCUGACCAAUGCUCUAGUGGAGAGGAAGCAGCCCUUACGGGGGAUAAGCAUACUUAAACAGGCAAUAGAGAAGAUGCAGAUGAACACAAACCAACUUACCUCAAUUCAUGCAGACCUGUGUCAGUUGUGUUUGCUGGCGAAGUGCUUCAAGCCUGCAGUCCCUUUCCUGGAGCUGGACAUGAUGGACAUCUGUAAGGAGAACGGCGCGUACGACGCCAAGCACUUUCUGUGUUACUACUAUUACGGCGGGAUGAUCUACACGGGUCUGAAGAACUUUGAACGGGCACUGUAUUUCUUUGAGCAGGCAAUAACCACUCCAGCUAUGGCAGUCAGUCACAUCAUGUUAGAGGCGUAUAAGAAGUACAUUCUGGUCUCCCUCAUUCUUCAUGGCAAAGUCCAGCAGCUCCCCAAAUACACGUCACAGAUCGUCGGCAGGUUCAUUAAGCCUCUCAGUAAUGUUUACCAUGAGCUGGCGCAGGUUUACACCACCAACAACCCGGCGGAGCUGCGCAGCCUGGUCAACAAGCACAGCGAGACGUUCACACGGGACAACAACACGGGCCUCGUCAAACAGUGUCUGUCCUCGCUCUACAAGAAGAACAUCCAGAGGCUAACCAAGACUUUUCUGACGUUGUCCUUACAAGACAUGGCUAGUCGAGUGCAGCUCUCUGGCCCUCAGGAAGCUGAGAAAUACGUCCUACACAUGAUUGAAGAUGGAGAGAUUUACGCUAGUAUCAAUCAGAAAGAUGGCAUGGUCUGUUUCCAUGACAACCCUGAGAAAUACAACAACCCCGCGAUGCUCCACAAAAUUGACCAGGAGAUGCUGAAAUGUAUAGAGUUAGAUGAGAAACUAAAGGCCAUGGAUCAGGAGAUCACCGUCAAUCCCCAGUUUGUGCAGAAGAGUAUGGGAACGCAAGAAGACGAUGUUGGCAGUAAGACGUCCUCCUACUCCUGAGGCCGCUGCACAGAGCGCUGCCCUGCCGCUCUCGUGAUAAAACCAUCAUCAGGAAGAAUCUCAAUCUAUUGAUUAUGGACUAUAUUGGAGGAAACAGAAACAUGUCUGAUGUGAUAAUUUGGUUCUUUCUUUCACAGCUCGCUCAUCUACACCAACCCUGUUUCGUCAGUGUUUUAUUUAUCGAUGUUGACGUGGAGAAGCCACUGCUGCAUUUAUGGCCGUAACAAUAAAGCGACUGGACUUCUUUGUUCAAAA